GACUUCGGCCGAGUACUUCGCCGAGGAACUUCGCGAGUAGUGUAGAGGAGGCAAUAGAUUCCAUUAAACUUUAAUUUUGGGGGAAAUAAUUUAGUAUCUGGUCACCCUGCUAUCAGUCAAAAAUCAAAUCUUCGGAUAGAUGUUGAACAUACUUGACGUUUCGUGAUAAAAUAGAGCGAUUAUUUCGGAAUAUCUAUUGUUAACGAAUUUAGUAAUAUAUGGCCUUAUUUUGUAUUAAUUCGGUGUUAAAUUGAUGGCGAGAGGUUUUUGGUACCGGUAUUAUUAGUGUAAAGUGGUGAUAAUGUUACGUUACUUAUUGGACAAAUUUUGGGAUGAAGAUGUGUGGUUGCCGCCGAACACUACUUGGGAGGAUAUAGCUCCUGGUCCAGAUAAAGAAGUGGUUUAUAAUGAUCACAGGCACCUCUUAUAUCCCAUACCCUUGGCCCUAGUAGUUAUUGCCAUACGCCACGGCUUAGAGAAAUAUUGGUUCGCCCCAUUUGGUAAAUCGCUAGGAAUAAAAAACACAAGGUCCAAGAAAGCGCCCAGUAAUCCAAAACUUGAAGCGGCUUAUCAGGAGUGCUCUAAAAUUAAACACAAACAGUUCUUUUUGAGCAGGGAACAGCUAUGUGCGUUAGCAAAGCAGCUGGACAUGACGGAGCGGCAAGUGGAGCGCUGGUGGCGGCUCCGCCGGAGCCAAGACAAGCCCUCCACGCUCGUCAAGUUCUGCGAGAACCUGUGGAGGUGUUCCUUCUACCUGUACAGCUUCUCGUAUGGAAUGUUUAUCCUGUGGGAUAAAGAAUGGUUAUGGGAUAUUGACCAGUGUUAUAUUGGAUAUCCCCAUCAGGGCGUAACGAGCGAUGUGUGGUGGUACUACAUGAUAUCAUCUGCCUUCUAUUGGUCAUUAACGCUGUCCCAAUUCUGGGACGUCCGACGCAAGGACUUCUGGCAGAUGUUCGUGCACCACAUCGCCACCAUCGCGCUGCUCUCCUUCUCGUGGGUCUGCAACUUGCACAGGAUCGGGACACUAGUGUUGCUGGUCCAUGAUUGUGCUGAUAUAUUCUUAGAGGCAGCCAAAGCAGCGAAGUACGCGAACUAUCAAAAGUUCUGCGAUGUGAUAUUCACAAUAUUCACCGUCCUGUGGAUCAUCACUAGAUUAGGGAUAUAUCCGUUCUACAUUAUAUGGAGUACAUCAAUAAGAGCGCCCAUGCUGUUGCCGAUGUUCGCCGCGUACUAUAUAUUCAACUCCCUGCUUUGUCUAUUAUUGUGCCUUCACAUGGUCUGGACGUGGCUGAUACUGCAAGUCGCGUAUAAGGCCAUUAACGCGGGGAAGAUGGAAGGCGACAUACGCAGUUCGAGCUCAGACGUUAGCGAAAGUUCGCAUCAGUCGAACCACAGUACUCCCAAUAGAUUGAGUCGUAGGAAGGAGAAAUAAACAUCUUCAAAGGAUUCGAACGUUUCGCAAAGGUUUUUACGUGUUAUACGUAUUAAAAUUACUAUUAUUUUUCUUGCAAGAGUUGAUCUUGAACAUGUACUGAGUUACUAUUUUUUUAUAUAAGUUUUAUCGGCCAUGGAUACAAAGCUUUCGGGCAGCAUUUAAAAAAAUGUUGCCAACUUAAAAUAUUACUGUGUACUUUUAUUUAACUUGGUUUAAAAAUUGUCUAUUUUUACUAUUUUGUGUUGUGAGAGAUUAAUAAUUUGGCCUUUUUAUGAACACCAAAUAAUUAUAUUGAGAUCAUAAAGAUAAUUAAGUCCAGUAUAUUUAAUAAUUCUAUUAGCUUAAUAAAAAAAUAAUUAAAUAUCAUUGAGAUACUA